AUGGAAGCAUUUAACAUCGCUAUCGCGAACGAGGACCAUAACGCGUAUAUAUUCGACGUGCGCAAAUUUGACCGGGCUCUGAACAUAUUGAAGGGCCAUGUGGCAGCUGUCAUGAGUGUCGAGUUCUCUCCAACUGGCGAGGAACUUGUUACGGGCAGUUAUGACCGAACGAUACGUCUCUUCCAAAGAGACAAGGGACAUUCCCGGGAUAUCUAUCAUCUCAAGAGAAUGCAACGAGUGUUCUCUACAACGUGGACUCCAGACUCUAAAUACAUCCUAUCGGGCUCUGAUGAUGGUAAUAUUCGUCUGUGGCGUGCCAAUGCCUCGAAGAGAGAGGGUAUCAAGACUGCACGGCAACGGCAGGCUGAGGAGUAUAAUGAAAGGCUAGUGGAACGGUUUGAACACAUGCCCGAAGUCAGGCGAAUCAAGCGUCAUAGGCACAUACCACAGAUUGUGAAGAAGGCCGGUGAGAUCAAGGCCGAAGAACUGAAGGCUAUCAAGAGGAGGGAAGAGAACGAACGAAAGCACUCGAAGAAGAAGUUCGAAAAGCGAAAGAGCGAACGCGAGAAGAUGGUUCUAGCUCGCGAAAAGUAA